ACAGAGUUGAUCGUCAAUGGCAUCACCAUCACAUAGAUAUUUUGCCAUCAUAGCUCUUUUCGCAGUCUCCCUCAAGUUUUGUUAUAGCCAAAAUGUCACAAUAGAUGACAGUGGCUGGGGCUACGCCGGUGUUACUUGGUACGGUGAAGCUGGCGUCGCCGGUAGCACCGGAGGAGCUUGUGGAUAUGGUUUUGCAGUUGCCAAUCCACCGUUGUACGCGAUGGUUUCAGCUGGAGGUCCUUCCCUGUUCAACAAUGGAAAAGGAUGCGGAACAUGUUACCAGGUUGUGUGCUUGGAGAAUCCAGCGUGUUCGAUGAGACCAAUAAGGGUGACGAUAACAGACGAGUGUCCAGGUGGUCCUUGCGCCUCUGAACCAGCCCACUUUGACCUUAGUGGAAAAGCCAUUGGUGCCUUAGCCAGACAUGGCCAAGCCGAUCAACUUCGAGCUGCUGGUGUUCUACGUGUUGUUUAUAGACGUGUUCCGUGUUCAUAUAGAGAGAGUUCAUAUCGUUGGUCUACGAUAGCUCUCCAUAUUGACGCCGGGGCAAAUCCAUACUACAUUGCAUUUGUUGUGGAGUACGAAAAUGGCGACGGAGAUUUGGCCUCCGUUGAGAUUCAACCGGCCGGUGGAAGUUUUAUCCCCAUGCAAGAAAUGAGGUCCGCCGUGUGGAAGUUAAACUCCGGCAGCGCUCUGAUAGGCCCGUUCAACAUUAGACUUACUUCCGGUGAAACUGAUAAAGUAAUUGUCGCUCAGGCUGUUAUUCCAGUGAAUUGGAGAGCUGAUGAGACUUAUCGGUCGAUCGUCAACUUUUAGAGUUUUUUACUUUUUAGAGUUAUUUUUACUUUUUGUUCUCAUUCAUUGUUCUCGCUAGUAUUCAUAUCAGCGCUCAUCUUAUUUUUUUGGCUAUUAUUUUCUUUAUCAAAUAAUGGCCUUGCAAUAAGAUUUUUUUUAUUUUUUUGGCAGUUAGUUCAUCAAGAGAAUUGGUACUAAAAUUUGUUUAUCUAUCAAUAUGAUUCAUCAAUAAAGAGAGCCAUGAAAACAAAUCAAGAAGAUUGCUACUAAUAAAAAUGUCCAUUUUUACUCAUACCUCAGAUUUUUGCAACAUCUGGUAACUAGGGGGGAGGAGGUUAUUGGGAGAUAAAUUUGUAUAGAGUUUAUAAAUUUUAAUAGAUUUUCAAAUUUAUGUGGAUUAGGAAAAUAUAUACAUAUUGACUUACAAAAUUUGAUCAUAGCUUUUCUAGAUUUCUACAUCAUGAAUUUAUAUUACUUAUUUUUAUAAUUCAUUUUGUAAAUUAAAUAUAUUGUUGAGAAAUUUAAAAUAUAUCGUUUAGGAUUUUUAAAAUAAACAAAUAAUACUUAAAAUUUAAACUAAAUCUUUUAAAAAUAGUUUCAAAAAGAAUUCAAAUUUCAAAAUAAACUUUCUAGGAAAAAAUGGCAAAAAUGUUCCGAAAAAUUUGAAAAUGUGAAAAACAAAUUGACAACAAAAUUUGAAAAAUUAUAUAAAGUUUGAAUUCAAAUACGUAUGAUUCGAAAACUAUAUAGUUUUUUAUUAUUUAUUUAAUGAUAAACAAUAAAAUAUAAUUAUACAUUAAAAAGUUAAUUAUAUAAAAUGUAAUGAUUAUAAUUUUGGACGUACAAUUUGGGUUGAAGGGGCACAAGAUAUUUGGCAAAAAAUGAUUAUUUUGUAUUCAAGAUUUUUCUAUCACAUAGAUUUUAUAAAUCUCAUGUAUACGCAUGAUAUUUUGAAAAUUAUGUCUUAUGAGUAAAAAAUGGAGAGGAUUCAUCUCCAAAUAACACUAGAUUUAGUUAUAAUUAAAGAAUCAAUAACAACUAAAAAAAUUGAAUAACAAGAGAUUUAAUACAUUUUAAAAAUUCUCAAACUAAUAAUAAAGAAUUUUACAAAGAUUGUUAAAAUCAAUGAACCAAUAACAAUAUAAUCUCAAAAUUUCCAAAGUUGAUGAGAAUUCGUUUGUCAAUAACCUCCUAAAUUAAUAUACUAUAUAUGGGCUCAUAUAAUAUCGAGAAAAUUAUAAGUAGAAUUACUAUUUAUGUUUAUAAUUACACGUGGAGUCACUUUCCAGUUAAGGCAUGCUUUUUUAUUAUGUUCUUUGUCAUUUAUGUCCUCUAAAACUUAACUCUCUAAAGCUAAUCUCUCUCUCAACUCUAGUUUCUCCUCAAAUUAAAAACGUGCUCAAACUCUCUCAUAACUCAAACUCAAUUUAUCGUCAACAAAAAUCGCCAUUGCCUUUUUCUCCUUACAGUCCUUUUUUUGGUUUUCUCUUCUAUUUUCCCUCAUUCGUCCGAUCAAUAUCACCACCGCAAGCGCCACCGUUCGUCCAAUCAAAUCUCACCUCCGUUCGCCCGAUCAAAUCUCACCACCACCCCAACCCCAAUGUCCAAAAUCUCAUGGCGAACCACAAUCAGAUCACCACAGCAUGGACCACCGUUCGUCCUCGUCAUCUUACAAAGCCAAUUAAUCAUCUAAGUGGCACAAGCACCACCACAAGCCUAUUACUGACAUUGUCGUCGUCUGCUCGUGCUCCCCCAUCGUGUCUUCUUGUGCUCCCCCAUUGUUUUCAACUCAGGUCGUCAUCCUAUUCACUGCUGUGAAGCAGCCCCAAUCAAAGCUCCAAGCCACCAUCAAGCACCGUCCAAGUCGGCUCCUCUGUCUCCGUUCUCUACUCUCACAUGUGUAUGCUUCUUCACACCGGAUUUAGCCUCGCAACCGUCAGUUCAUUCAACCGUCGCUUCGAGCUCAAGAUCGUUUUGGCUGCCGUAUUCGUCGUCAAUUCAGUUGCAUAGGGAAAGGUCGAGCAACAAUGUUCAAGUUCCUUAUUUUUACACAUAUGGUCCUUUAAGCUUCAGAUAUCUGCAAUUUGACCCCAAAAUUCUUUAAUUUUCUUAUAGAUCCUGUUGAUUUCACCCCAAA